AAAUCACUGUGUUGAAGAUCCCACCGCUGUCUAGAGUCAAUUCCUAGUUUUCAAUGGCUUCUUCUUCUUUUUUAUUGGAUGCUCCCAGCAUCAAACAUGAUGUCUUCAUCAGCUUUAGAGGAGAAGACAUCCGCACUUCUUUUCUUAGCCAUUUGAGAAAAGAAUUGCAUCGUAACCAUAUCGAUUUCUUCGUAGACGAUGAGAAACUGCACCCUGGAGAUGACAUUUCAUCCACGCUUAUUCAAGCCAUUGAAGAGUCUUCUAUUUCUUUGGUCAUCUUUUCGGAAAACUAUGCUGCUUCAACUUGGUCCUUGAAUGAACUCGAGAAAGUAAUUCAAUGCAUGAAACGAGAUAAAAGGAUUGUGAUACCUGUUUUCUACAACGUUGUUCCCUCUGAUGUGCGGCAUCAGAAUAAUUCCUUUAAGGAGGCUUUUGAUAAACACCAACACAGAUUGAAGGGAAAUAUGAUGAAGGUGCAAAGUUGGAGAUUGGCUUUAAAGGAAGCUUCUAAUUUAUCUGGAUUUCAUUAUCCAUCAAAAUAUCCGGAUGAAUCUAAAUUCAUUGAAGAAAUUGUGAAUGAUAUUUCAGAAAAAUUGUCAUAUAUUUUUUCAAUAGAAUCCAAAGGUCUUGUUGGAAUUGAUGAUAGUUUUACAUGUAUUGAAUCAUUAUUGGAAAUUGAAUCGAGCGAGGUCCGAAUCAUAGGAAUUUGGGGGAUGGGAGGAAUAGGUAAAACUACUAUUGCUGAAUUCUUAUUUGAUAAAUAUUCUUCCCAGUAUGAAGGAAGUUGUAUGUUGAAAAAUGUAAGAGAAGAAUCACAAAAGUUUGGUGUGCCUUAUUUAUGUGAGAAACUUAUUUCUGAGUUAUUAGCCGGAGAAAGUCUUGUUUUGAAAGGAUCAUCCAAAGCAAGAUCCGCUUUUAUCAAGAGAAAGUUGAGUCGAAAAAAAGUUUUCAUAGUGCUUGAUGAUAUGGAUACAUUAGAACAGUUUGAACAUCUUGCUACACAAUGGUUGGGACCAGGUAGUAGGAUCAUUGUAACUACUAGAGACAAGCAUGUCCUUAGAAAAGUUCAUGGAAUAUAUGAGCUCCAGGGCUUGAGUUUUGAAAAUUCCCUUAAGCUUUUUUGCUUGAAUGCUUUUGACAAAGUCUAUUCUGAAGCUGGAUAUGAAGAGGUUUCUAAAAUGGCAGUCAAUUAUGCAAAAGGUGUUCCAUUGGCUUUAAAAGUCUUGGGAUCUUUUUUAUAUUCCAAAACCAUAGAAGAAUGGGAAAGUGCUUUGGGAAAACUCAAGAUUUAUCCUAAUAAAGACAUUUUUAAUGUCUUAAAAUUGAGUUAUGAUGGGCUAGAUGAUUUAGAGAAGGACAUAUUCCUUGACCUUGCAUUUUUUUUCAAAGGAGAAGAUAAGGAUGUUGUCGUAUCAUUUCUAGAUUCCUGUGGUCUUUUUCCUGCUAUUGGUAUAGGCAACCUUUCACGUAAAGCUCUCAUAACUAUUUCAAAUUGUAAUACAAUAGAAAUGCAUGAUUUGAUAGAGCAAAUGGGUCGAGAAAUAGUUCGUCAAGAAUCAAUUAAAUACCCAGGAAGACGUAGCCGCUUAAGUAACCAUAAGGAUGUCUACAAUGUACUGAAUAAUAAUAAGGGAACAGACUCUAUUGAAGGCAUUAUGUUGGACUUGUCUCAAAUUACAAGAGAUCUACAUUUAGAUGGUGACACUUUCAAAAAGAUGCCUAAUAUAAGGAUUCUCAAAUUUUAUGAUUCCCGGAGGCAUGAAACAUCAGCGAAUGUGUGCGUUUCUUCAACUCUCGAGUCAUUUCCAAAUGAACUAAGAUACUUGGAGUGGAGUGGCUGCCCUAUGAAGUCUCUUCCGUCAACUUUUUGUGCUGAGAAGCUUGUCACUCUUUCUAUGCCAGAUAGCCAACUUUCUAAACUUUGGGAUGGAGUUCAGGAUCUUGUAAAUUUAAAGAAGAUUAACCUUAGUGGAUGCAAGCAGCUGGUGGAGCUUCCAGAUUUUACUCGGGCAUUAAACCUUGAAAAAGUAUACCUCAAUAAAUGUGUAAGCUUGUGUGAACUUCAUCCAUCCAUUUUAUCCACCCACAAGCUCGAAACCUUGAGUGUUAGAGGUUGCAAAGCACUAAAGAGUCUUGAAAACAAGAUCCAUUUUAAAUCUCUUCAAAAACUCGAUGUUAGUGGCUGCUCAAGCUUGAAGGAAUUUUCAGUGUCAUCAGAGGAAUUAACGAGUUUGAAUUUAUAUGGGACAAUAAUCGAAAUGUUGCAAUCAUCAAUUGGUCGUCUCAACAAACUCGUAAAGUUUCAUCUCACUAAUAUGAGACUUGAAACUCUUCCAGACGAACUGUGUCUCUUAGGAUCCCUUGAGGAACUGAAUCUUGAAGGAUGCAAACAGUUGAUUGAACUCCCUUACAAUUUGAAAGCCUUAUCACAGUUACAGGAUGUCAACUUAAUUGACUGCUGCAGCCUUGGAUCUUUACCAGAGCUUCCACCAUCUAUUAUACAUUUAUCUGCCACAAACUGCACAUCGCUGGAGAAAGUAUUCAACGCAAAGACAGUGUUCAGUUUAAAUCUAAUAUCUAUCUCAUUUGAAAACUGCGAGAGGCUCGAUGAGAAUUCAUUUGUAGAAUAUGUGCAUCAUACAAUGAUGGGAGUAGCAAUCAGAGACUUGUCGAAUGGGAUGCUGCAAAAUAAAUAUAGCGAUCCAUACUCUGGUGAUAAUAAUUGGGACCCUAUAUAUCACACUAAAUCCAACGGCCAGGUUUUUUAUCCCGGAAGCGAGGUUCCAUCAUGGUUCAAAUAUCAGACAAGGGAGAGUUCGGUAACCGUUGACCUUGAUGCGGAUGAACCUUAUAUCCAUACGCUGGUGGGGUUCAUUUUGUGCUGUGUUGUUUAUCAUAUUCCUUCUCAAAGAGGAGUUCCUCCUAUUGGUCCUGUUCGUUCUGCAAAAUGGCCUCCCAGAUUCAGAUGUAAAUCCAGUUUAUCUGAUAGUCAACAGUUUGCCAAAACGAGUAGAUGGAGCUCAAACCAUGUUUGUAUAUGGUUUGAAGUUAGUCAUCACCAUCGAUUGCGUGAUAAGAAUGUUACAUUUAAAUUCGAAGCUGAAUCUUUUAUGAUAGCUUAUGUGGAAGGAAGGCCACGGUAUGAGCCGUUGCGAUACGAAUGGGAGGUGAUAGGGUGCGGGGUUUGCCCCCUGUAUGCCUCAGACAUCCUGGAUGCCUUUCAAAAUGUGGAUCCGGAGUUCCAGUUCUUUUAUGAUAGACGCAGCUACGGAAGACGGGAUCAUCUUGAUCACUCAGUUUUCACGCUUGACGAAGUGAAAACGAAGAUGAUUCACCACAUGAAUGAUCAACAACAUAGUUUUUGA